GAUCUUCUCCACUUCAAUAUUUUGGGUUAAAUUCAACAACGACAAAAACAAAGAUCACACCGACAAUAAUAAAAUCGCAAUGGAUUUUAACAUUGUUGACUGUGGGUCAUCUAAUCUAUUUAACUCUAAUUCCACCUUCCUUUUGCCUUCCAUGGGGUCCGUACGCACCACCAACCAGCUCCUUCAACCCCUUUUACUGACACCACCCUCCUCCCCCUCCCCAUCUUUCUUUAAGUACCCCUUUUGCUUCUCCUUCAAUCAACCUUUUCAUUCCAAAUAAGCAACCUCGAUCCAUCUUCCUUUAAACUACUACUUCACUCAAACUUCAAUUUUCUCGAUCGAUGUUUUUUCUCAACUUCUUCGGUUGCUUUGCAAUCUCCGAUAAAGUAGCCGACUGUGCUAGCGAAGAUGGUGGUGGAUGCUGUACUAGCACCACCGCUGUCAACACCAAAGAUACUUGUCUUGUAACUUGUGUGAAGAAGUUUUCAUGGGAGGAGAUUAGGAAACGAAGCAGGAAUUUCUCAAGGGUCAUCGGCUCCGGAGGGUUUAGCACCGUGUAUCUAGCUAGACUACCCGACGCCGGCUUCACUGCUGUUAAGAUACAAUCGGCUUGCACCGAGAGGCUAGCCGGGAUUCAUGAUCAAGAGCUUCGAGUCUUGCUCCGACUAAAACACCCGAACAUCGUGAAGCUUCUUGGACACUGUGACGAUAGAGAAGAAGAACGUGUUCUCUUGUUUGAGUAUGCAUCGAAUGGUACGUUACAUGAUAAACUUCACGUACGCAGCAGCGUAACGCUUACAUGGAAAGUCAGAAAGUUGAUUGCUUUACAGCUUGCUGAAGCUUUAGAAUAUCUCCAUGGGAUGCAUAUUAUCCAUGGAGAUAUCAAGGCUUCUAAUAUACUUUUAGACGAACAACUAAACUGCAAACUUUGCGAUUUUGGGUCAUCUAAAUUUGGGUUUACUUCCAUGGUUUUACCUCCAUCAUCGACGAAAAUGAAGAGAAUGAUAAUGGGGUCGCAAGGUUACAUGGAUCCACAUUAUCUUAAAACGGGAUUAGUUUCAAAGAAGAACGAUGUUUACAGCUACGGAGUUGUACUCCUUGAACUUGUUACGGGGAGAGAAGCAUUUAAUUUUGAGAAGGGUGAGAAAUUGACGGAUGUUAUUGGUCCGGUGGUGUGUGAGGUGGUCGGAGUGGAGGAGGUGGUGGAUCCACGGCUGAGAUACGAUGAGAGCUUCGAUUUGGAAGCGGUGAGGGCCAUGGUUACAUUGGCUGAGAUGUGUAUCGGGAGUUCACCCAUGGUUAGACCUUCUGCAAGUGAGAUUGUAGCAUCCAUGAAGAACAAUUUUUAAUCCAUGACUCAAUAAUUUGUCAAGGAUAUGGCACUUGUAAAUUGAUUUUUAUUUUUUUCCUUCCUCGAUAAAAAUGAUGUUAUUGGUUUAAUCGAGGUUGGGGCCAUACAUAAAUGUUGUAUCAAAUUUGAAACUAGGAAUUUUCAAUUUGUUUGGUUCAAAAGGGUUAUUGAAAUGGAAAAAUACGAAGAAUGUAGAAGGUUGUAGAUA